AUGGGCAAUACCCUAACUAGUGACACCUCUAACCAUUUUCUGACUGUCGAAGAAGCGAGAUCUCGUUUAACAGGAGAGGAGUAUCAUCGCAUUCAUACAGCCUUUAACCGUUUUAAGAAACCGGCUUUGUCUUUUGAUGAUUUCUGUUAUCAUCUACUAGGAAAUGCUCCGAUCCCUAUCGAGGAGCAGAGAACGCUCUUCCUGUUCUUCACACGUGGAGCAGAUUCGCUCUCAUUCGAAGAUUUGCUAUGUGCGUUAGUAGGACUAUGUCAGGUUGAGGAUGUUCAGAAAAGUUUCAGCAAAGAACAUGGUCAAUCCAAGAAUUGGCGUCCUCCUCUCAUCACACCUAAAAUGGAUGAUUCGUUCAUAUCAUUCUAUGAGGUUAUGAGCUAUGUUACACAUUUGUCUGUUGGUGAGGUGAUGGAGUUGGAAAAAGUCUUCGCAACAAUCAGUGAUAGGACUGUUUGUAAAAUGUCCAAAGAAAGAUGGGACGAAUGCUUAGGAGGCUGUUUCCCUGAAUAUUUUUCCGAAAGAUUGUUCUGUAUUUUUGACGAAAACAAAGACGGCCAUAUCGACUUCCGAGAGCUAGUUUGUGGGCUCUCAGCUAUGUGCAGAGGACCUCUUCCUAGUCGUCUAUCAUUUUUGGCGAAGCUAUGGGACGAAGACAAUGACAACGAAUUGCUGGAUCAUGAAGUUCAGGAAAUGUAUAGGAGUUUGAAUGUUUUACCUAACGAUCAGAACCUUGUGAAGAGCGGAGGCAAUGCUGCUGCUCUGGUUGAUUUUGCUACUUGGGCUCUAGUGAAUGAGGGCUAUACCAGGGAGUAUUAUCGCAUGGCUGUUGAGGUUGGACAUAUUUGUCUCGGUCUUCGACCAGAAUCGUAUCAACUCGAAAACGAUGUUGUGAGCGAUUUUGAAGAAAGGACGAGAGACUUGAAUCUGCCUGUGUGGAACAUUGUCGCAUCAACAUGGCAUAAAGAUUGGAAAUUCUCUACCGAGAAGAACAAGAAACCUCCACCAGUAGAUAAUUCUUACAUCAAAGGCUCCAAAGAAGAUGAUGGUUGGAGUGGGAAAGUUGCUUGUAUUUCUCCGGAAUCAGCCAGUUUGCGUAGUGAUCUUCAACGAUCGGAAUAUGUUGUUGUGUCUCCGGCUCUUUGGAGGGCUUGGCUAAGAUGGCAUGGAAGUGCUUUUUCUGUUGACGGACAAUUCACUCGUAAACGUCUCAGCGAAAGCUUUUUCGAUGAUGGAAAAGCUGGAUUAGAGUUAUACCCUUUGGAUAUUCUCCUCAUGGGGCACGACCGCAAGAAAAACCGGGAUUCGGAAGGUAUCCAGCCCGUCUCUCCUUGGGCUUGUGCACAAGUUUCCCGAUCUAUGACUGUUGAUGAACUACUGACAAUGUGCACAACAGAGCUUCGUUUAAGGGAAGGAGAAGCUAGACUGUGGCUUGUAGUAAGAAACCAAGAUACGAAUGAAGAGGCCAAUACCAUGCUUGAUGACGGACAGAGAACUCUUUAUCAGUUGGGUCUCAGAAAUAAGAAAGUAAACAAGUUCUUGUUAGAAGUUCGGGACCAAAGCAAUGGGGUAUGGCCCGAGGAGUUAAGAGCGUCUUUGACAGGAACGCAAAUUACAUCGAUAGCUAGCAAUAACUACUCAGCAAGACCUGGUGCUGUAGGACUCGUGAACUCUGGUAACUUUUGCUAUAGGAAUGCUGCGAUUCAGUGCUUGGCGAGGAUUGUUCCCCUCACAGACUUUCUCUUAGACGAGAAUAAUCUGGAUAAAUUGGACAAUUUAAGAGCUGACAUACUAGCACCACUCUCACUUUGUAACCGCAAAUCCUUAUCGGUAACGCUGGAGUAUGCGAAGUUGAUUCAAGAGUUGUGGGCUGGAAAGAAAAAGAAUAUUGUUCCCAACAGCUUCAAUGAUUCUGUUCGAAAUGCCUCUGAUAUGUUCGAUUCCUUUGAACAGCAUGAUUGUCAAGAGUUUGUUUCUUUCCUCCUUGAUCAGCUCCAGAUGAGCAUUCAGUUGCUGGAAAAGAAUGAGAAGUCCGACAAUGAGAUCGAAUGUAAGGAUGAUGCUCCUGAUCAAGAAAAAGCUGAAGUUUCUUGGAAUAAAUACUUGGAAAGAGAGAACUCUCUCGUUUCCCGACUUUUAGCUGGUCAAUUACGCUCCCGACUGAUCUGUAGAUCAUGUCAAAACUCUUCGACGGUCUUUGAACCUUACACCUCUAUUAGUCUCCCAAUCGGCUUUGAUAAUGUUGAGCUUUAUCAGAUUAUCGUUGCUCCGAGAGAUGGAAGUAUUCCAAAGAGGUUCGGAUUCCGGUUACCCCGAGAGACAAGUGUUGGACAAUUCAAAACGAUGGUUUCGUAUUCAUCCAAAAUAGAUGUCAACUCAUUAACACUUCAAUGUGUUGGUAGUCGAGGAACAUUAUUGUAUAAUGGACGAGGAAUCGAUAGUUCAUUACUUCUUCGAGAAUUUCCUAGUAAUGCAAGAUUGUAUGCAUUAGAAAUUCCGGAUGGAACCGUCAGCUGGAGGUUAGGUGCUCAUCGGAAACUCCAAUCCAAUCAUGAGCCUUAUCUUCUUGGUUCGACAGGAGGGUGUCUGGUAUCCAGGUUUGGCCUCCCCUUAAUAAUAUCUUGUUCGGAUGAAUCAACAAACAAAGAUUUGUAUGAUGACGUUAUGCAGCAGAUCAAGCGGUUUAUGGAUUUGUCUUCCUCAGCGUUCACAAAUAGAGCAAUGGAUCCGUGUGAAGAUGCUUCAUCUGGAUAUCCGUUCAGUUUGUGUAUCACUGAUGCCAGUUGGGAAUGGUGUGGGCAGUGUGUUUCCUUGAACUUCUGUCGAGGAUGUAAGAUAUCUCCGGACUCUCAGAAAGUUUACGUACCGGAAAAUUGUACUAUUUCGGUGGAUUGGUUACCGAUUGCUUUGUAUCUGAAGUAUAAUCAUUCUCAAGAGCUGGCCUGUAUUGAUGAUCCUUCAGUCGAUGAAACAUGGAAUCAACAUGUAGCUCCUUCUUCUCUUGGCGAAUGCCUCCUGAAGUUCAGUUGUCCUGAAACAUUAGAAGAACUCUUGCAUUGUGACAAAUGUGAGCGUAAAACUCAACGGGAUAAGGUUAUGUCUAUUUGGAGGAUGCCUAAGUAUUUAAUUGUACAUUUGAAAAGGUUUGAAUAUUUACGAAACGAAAAUCGGAUGGGUAAAUGUAAAAGGACAAUUGAUUUCCCUCUGAGUAAUUUCGAUCCCUCGCCCUAUGUUGAUCAGAAGGACGGAGGGCUGUAUGACUGUAUAGCCAUAGCGAACCAUUAUGGACAGUUAUCUUCUGGUCAUUUCGUGAGUUAUGCUAUCGGAAAAGAUAAGAAAUGGCUUUUACUUAAUGAUUGCUCAGUCAGGGAAGUGUCAGAGAUGGACGUUGAUAAGGCUGCAGCAUAUUUACUGUUCUACGAACGAAAAGAAAUGACAAAGGAAUAUUAG